UCAGUCCGCUGUGAGAUUCUGAAGCGAUCGGUUCAGCUCGUUUCGCGGUUCGUCGGGACAUUCUGGUUGAGAAGUUCUUUUGUUAAGGUUCUGAUUGAUUGUGUUGACUACGGUGAAGAGUUGGUGAAGUUCGUCGUUUGAGAAUAUUUCAAAUUUUUGUUCAAAAUAAAGAGAAAAAAAAUCAAACAGUGAAUCCACCCCAAUCAGGUCGGUCUUUAUUGAUUGUGCGCGAAGAAAGUGAGUUUGUUGUGCCGAUAACCGGAGCAGCAGCUGAUCGAAGCGAAGCGGCUCAUCUCACGAUUUACAGAGUGAGAUCGAGGCAGUAACACCGCCGCCAACCCUAAAUCACAAGGCGCUGCCUCGCGAUGGACGUCGAAUCCGAGGGUGUCCAGCCGGUCGGGCCCACCGGGAACGGGGGCCACACGGUCGAGAUCAGCGACCCGAAGGCCGACGCCGCCGACAGCGUCCACAUCGAGCUGGCCGCCCGGCGGCGGAUGUUCAUGAGCCAGCCCUCGACGGUGGCCAUCCGGCGGCAGCAGGCGGUCUGCGUGCGGCGGGCGCACAAAAUCUACGGCACCAAAAAGAACCCCAACGUCGUGCUGGACGGGCUCAACAUGACCGUGCCGAAGGGGUCGAUAUACGGCCUCCUGGGAGCGUCCGGUUGCGGCAAGACCACUCUUCUGUCCUGCAUAGUCGGCCGAAGACGACUCAACUCGGGCGAAAUCUGGGUGCUCGGAGGAAGACCAUGCUCGCGGGGUUCCGGCGUGCCCGGACCCCGGAUCGGCUACAUGCCACAAGAGAUUGCUCUGUACGGCGAGUUCAGCAUCCGCGAAACGCUCAUCUACUUUGGCUGGAUCUGCGGCAUGAGCAUAGCACAGGUCGACGAAAGGGUCGAAUUUUUAGUUAAGCUUCUUCAACUCCCGAACGCGUCCCGGUUUAUCAAGAAUCUGUCCGGAGGUCAACAGCGACGGGUGAGUUUAGCGUCCGCUUUGCUGCACCAGCCUGAGCUGUUGAUUCUGGACGAACCUACUGUGGGAGUGGAUCCGGUGCUUCGCCAGAGCAUCUGGGAUCAUUUGGUGGAGAUUGUGAAGGACAACAAAACUACGGUGAUCGUCACGACGCACUACAUCGACGAGACCCGCCAGGCGCACAUGAUUGGGUUGAUGCGAGGUGGCAAGUUCCUGGCCGAGGAAUCACCCGCGGAUCUACUGGCCAAGUACCAGGCUGAAACGCUUGAGGAUGUCUUCCUUAAGCUGGCCGUGCUGCAGAACAUGGGCAAACGACGCCGGUCGUCGAUCGCCCAGGAGGUCGUGGAGCAGAUUCGCGUUCCGGCCAUCGCGAACCCCGCGCUGGACCUGUCCUCAGAGGAAGAUCACGGAGAAAUCUCCGGCGAAUUCGGUGAUAACAUUUCCAUGUCCUCGCGAGGUCCCGACUCGAUCACGCCGGAAAUCCAAGCUCCUCCACUGCCUCCCGAGGAGGACACCAAGGUUCCACUGAUCGAGUACUUUAAGUUUGUCAACCCGAACAUCAUGCGGGCACUGCUGUGGAAGAACAUCAUGUGGAUGUUGCGAAACGUUGGUGUAAUGCUGUUUAUCCUAGGACUGCCGGUGGGGCAAAUUGUGCUGUUCUGCUGGGCGAUAGGACACGAUCCGGUGGGCUUGAAGGUUGCCGUUGCCAAUUACGAACAGACCCAGGCUAACUUCUCCCUGAUGGAGUGUCCCUCCUUCCCGGGCUGCAACUACAGUAUGCUGAGCUGUCGCUAUUUGGAAAAUUUGAAGAACAAAAGUAUCGACGUGCAAUUCUACCAAACCGAAGACGAGGCUCGCGAGGAAGUGUCCCACGGUCGGGCUUGGGCUUCGCUCGUCUUUGCGCACAACUACUCGGAAGCGGUGGUAGAACGGUCGGAAAACCUGAGGAACAUCAAGGACUGGACGCUGGAGGCGGCUACCGUUGGCGUUAGCAUGGAUAUGUCGAAUCAGCAAAUUGGAACUCUUCUCUUCCGGGACAUCCAGUACGCGUACCUGGACUUCAUCCAAGGUAUCUUAAAGGACUGCGACGUCAACCCGUCGAAUGGACGACCUCCGAUCCAGUGGAACACGCCAAUCUACGGAGAUCGGGAUCCUAACUUCACCGACUUUGCCGCUCCUGGCGUGAUAUUGACGAUCAUCUUCUUCCUGUCGGUGGCGUUGACUUCGGGUGCGAUGUUGAUCGAACGUAACGAGGGCAUCCUGGAGCGUUGUCUGGUGUACGGCGUAACCGGGGUGGAGAUUCUGUUUUCGCACGUCAUCUCCCAGCUGCUGGUCAUGUUCAUCCAGACGGCGAUGGUGAUCGUGUUCAGCUUUUACGUGUUUGACAUUACGCUUCGCGGCGAGCUGGCGUCGGUGGUGUUGAUGACCGUGCUGACCGGACUGUGCGGAAUGAGCUUUGGGUUCGUCAUCUCGUGCUCGGUUGACAGCGAAAGAUCCGCGGUGUACAUGGCGAUGGGAAGCUUCCUGCCGAUCGUGAUGCUGUGCGGUAUCAUCUGGCCCAUCGAGGGCAUGCACCCGCUCGUGAAACCCUUCUCGAUAUUCUUGCCCCUGACCAAAUCUACCGAAUCGGUCCGUUCGAUAAUGCAGCGAGGUUGGAUGAUCGAUCAUCCGCAGGUCUACAUGGGCUUCGUCUCCAUCACGAUCUGGAUCAUCAUCUUCCUGACCUUGAGCAUACUGCUGCUCAAGUUCAAGAAGGGAUAAGCCGGGGGUUUGCCAACUACGCAGAUUAUUUUGCUCAAGCUCUAGCUGUACACUAUUUGAAGGCUUUCUGUAGGGUAGUUUUUUUAAACUGUUUUAGCUGUUAAGGGAUACUUUUGCCAAGUAUGGAAAUCUUGCGAAUUUUACACUUCAUAGGCCAAAUGAUUAGAUUUUCUGUGAACAGAGAACUGAUGUGAGGUAAUUUUAGCAAUACUAGUGUUUGUUUAGUUAGAACAGACAAAUCGAGCAGUGUAAAUAACCCAAAUAUUUAUUCUUAGAAAACUCAAAUCCCAAAAAAAACAACAAUCUCUCUAACCCAAAACAACAAUCCCCAAAUUUCCCCCCUCCCUGGUUUAGUUUUAAGAUGUGUGAUGGUAUGUAUCUCAGAGUUUCUGUACUUGUUACCAACCAACGUGCCUUCCCUCCGCGGAGCGAGGCACUCAAGUUAAUAAAACCAGUCUACAUGAAAACCC